UCAACACUUUCGAGGACUUGCAGGAUGGCGACGGAGAGAAAUUUACUUGCAGUAAUUGGAGAUGAAGACUCCAUAACGGGCUUACUUCUAGCAGGAGUGGGUCAUAUCAACGAACAACAGAAGAAGAAUUUCCUGGUAGUCGACUCUAAGACACAGGUAGCGCAGAUCGAAGCCGCCUUCCAAGAGUACACUGAACGGAAAGAUAUCGCUAUCCUGUUAAUCAAUCAACACAUUGCUGAAAAGAUUCGACCAACAGUGGACAAGUAUCAACAAGCUUUCCCGGCGCUACUAGAAAUACCCUCAAAGGAUCAUCCUUACGACCCAUCGAAGGAUUCUAUACUCAAACGUGUACAGAAAUUGUUCGGCGAGUAACCACCCGACACAUUUCAUGGUUUUAUAAAUACACGCACUCAACCUUACACCAUAUAAU